AUGAAAGCUGAAAAAUUAAAAUCAGUUCAAAAGGAUUUAUCUUAUGAUUCGAUAUUAACACGAAAAAAUAUUUCAUUGAACGACAAUAAAACAAAUGUUUCGCAGAAAAUAAACACUGACGAAGUUUCAAUGAGCUUACCACCGAAUAUCAAACCCCUUGAUAAAAUAUUAAAUAUGGAUAAAAUAAAGGAUCAGGACUCGGUAAUGAUUGAAAAAUUAUGGAUAGAAUAUCAUUCUAAAAAAAAUUGUUUAUCGGCCGUUAUUCCUGCCGAUAUUUAUCGAACCUUAUUUAAACGUGGACAGCAAUAUCCUAUGUUUGUUGUUCCUUUACCUCAAGAACAGGGUUUUGAAUUUUAUAUUCUUCAAUUUCAAUUUCACCAAUGUUUUUUUACUUCUUUAUUAGAAUACAAGACUCAUGGAGUCAAAUCAAAACAUCAUAUGGUGUUAACUCAUUUUCCUGACCUUAUUGAUUCUAAAGGGAUUGUUUUAAUGUAUGGUGAAAUCGUUGAGCCCGAUUUAAUUUCUUUAAAAACUGCUCAAUAUCUUACAUAUAUCAUGCAAAAAUUUUAUGUUAGUGGGACAAAAGAUGAAUUAGAUUUG